AUGCUCAUGGAGGGCAUUGAAGCUAUUGCCGAGUCGGCUCAGCCUGCAAAGGCUGAGGCGCACUCGCCGACAGGUUCGGCUUGGCCUCUGACCUUACCAGCCGACCUCGAUCUUCACCACCUUCAAAGCCCUCCAACACCCCCGGAAAACCCAGCAGAGACCUCGCAGAAGGGUCCGACACCGACAGCAGGUCCCGAGAUGAAGCAGGAAUCCCCUAGUCUUGCUGCUGACCUGGGCGAGGCCCCCCAAUUUCCACUCAAGCGACCCCGCGAUUCGAGCGCUGACGACCCAGACGCCGAGUCCAAAAGGUUAAAGGUUGACGAUGAGGGCCCGGCUCUGGAUCUCAGCUUCGACAUGGACGCCAUGAUUCAGGGUGUAAUGAUGGACAUCAGCAACGAGAUGGGCAAGGUGGACGGCCUCGACUCCGUCGGCGACGUGGACAUGUCAACGGAUCCCCUUGCCUCAGUGUCGCAAGAACCACCGCCAUCUACCGAGUCCCAUACGCCCGUUCUCUCUGAGCCGCUGGCCCUUAUGAGACGGACAACUACCUCCUGUUUGUCAAACUUUGCUCUGCAAUUACUUGUGAUCCUGUCGCAACAUGUCUUCGACGACGUAUACAGGCAAUUACAAGAAAAGGACUCCGAGGUUUCCAAAUCCUUUGCCACGAUCAAGGCUCUGUUUCAGCAGACGCGUGCGAUUUACUCGACUACCGACCUUAUCCUGGAUCCUGCUACGCUGGAUCUGACUUUGCCGGAUAACCUGACCGAUGUUCAGGUAGCAAACCUAGCAAGUUUUUGCUGCGCACUCUUCUCGUUCGACGGGCACCACGAUUCCACGUCGAAGGAAUUGCUCGCUCUCCAAGACAAAUUUUUCUCCGUUUUCUUGCCUGGCGGCGAGAACGACACCGUAACGCACGAAAUUUCCGAACUUUUCGUCGCAGUAAAGACGCAUCUCGUUAUUGAUGCGGUUACAACAGCAGACCAGUCCGCGCCGGUCGACCAGCUGAUUGCCGACGCUUUUUCGGCCGAUUUAGAGGACCAACUGCGUGUUAGACAUGGGGGUUCGGAACUGACGGCUGAGGAACAGGGGCUGGUUACCGCUGUCCAGGAACGAAAGGCGGCCCUGAUUUCUUACGCCUCGGGCCUCCCAGAUACUGUUCUUCUCAAGAUUGGCUAUCCCGAUGAAGACCUCUUCCGCUUGCUGAAUCUAUACCUGCGCCGCAAACUGCAAUCCCUAGCGGGACUUGCUGCAAGGCAUGGCAUCGAACUCCCUCAAACCGUGGCGAAUGGCGAGCUGGAUACAUCGGUAUCUCAUGAUCUGGACGAUCUAGGCAUUUCCUCUCUCUUGGAGGCGACAGAUGGUCUUGUUGCGCAGUAUCUCCCGAGCGAGGCCAUUGACGGCUUGCCCAAUGACCAACCCCCCGUUCCGUCCACCGAGAAUAGCGCCCCGCCAGCAGAGCCUGCCCCAGCCGCACCCGAAGCCACACCGGCCGCACCGACGACGAACGGCACAACGACCGAAGUUCAAGACUCCAACGAUAUCCUUGCCCUCGUCGCACAGAGCACGCAAGAGUACGUUCGAACGACUCUCAACAACUUGUCGCCAGCACCGUACCAGCCCACCGUGCCUACCCCUACAGGAGCCGCUCCUGUUACGCAGACGACAUACCUAUCACAUCUGCAACAAACCCAGGCCCAAUCGCCGUACUAUGGAUAUCCGCCGCAGGUCGAACAACCGCCUCAGCCUGCAGCACAUGAGAGCGCCGAGAAGCUUCCUCCGAGCCAGACAUUACCCAGUGCAGUGUUGUACGACAGAGCUAGACAAGCUGCGUUGAGCAAGACCAACAACCAGCAAAGACGAGAAGGCACGACGUCAACAAGACGUCCUUGGACACAGGAGGAGGAGAAGGCCCUGAUGACGGGCUUGGACAUGGUACAGGGUCCACACUGGAGUCAGAUAUUGUCCCUCUUCGGAGCCGAGGGUACUCUUUCAAACAUACUAAAAGAUCGGACUCAAGUGCAGCUCAAGGAUAAGGCACGCAACCUGAAGCUCUUCUUCCUGAAGACAAACUCGGAGAUGCCAUACUACCUCCAGGCUGUCACUGGUGAGCUCAAGACUCGUGCGCCAACGCAGGCGGCUCGCAAGGAGGCCGAAGAGCGGGCUCGCAUGAACUCGGAGGAAGAACAAGCGCGCGUGCAGGGCAUAAUGACCCUUGCUGGCGGUCUGCAACACCCCCAACAAAACCGGGCGAGCGUGACACCUGCUACUGCACCAAGCACGCCCUCACAAUCUGCGGCCCAAAUCCCGCACCACCUCUCUCAUGUCACCACACCGACUCAUGCCGCCAUGUCUGGACCGCCAGCGACGCCUGCUACUGUUACACCCACUCACCCUAGAGUGCCGCCAGCGUCGUCGCCCUAUGCAGCGACGGCAGCCCAACUUUCUCAGACCUCUCACGCCUUAUCCCACACUCAACCUCAUACCCCGACGCACCCCCACAUCCAACAUCACUCUCAACCCGGAACGCCACAGCCACAACACCAUCAACAACUACAGCAACCUCAGCAGGAGCAUGUUCAGCCACAGGUUUCGCAGCCGUCAGAGGCUACGCAGCAAUACUCGACUGAUGCGUCUGCGCCUGUUUAUAGCCAGGAGAAUGACGAUCUCAAGGAGGCCGCGCUCAUGCAAAGUCUGCGCGAACUCGAGGCGUACAGCGGCAGUGCCAGCAUGUCCUAG